CCCGUAACUGUGUCUGGGUGCGCUGGUGGCCUCUCUUUAUAGUGACUUCCGCUGAGGCCAAGAAGUCACCAUCCUGCUGUUCCCUGGCACUCAGCAAUUUCAGCACUGUGGCAUCACUGAGAGAGCCAUUUAGAGAUGGUGCUGGGGUGAGGACUCGCUCACCCUUGUCCAUUCACUUCAACUUAGCAAGUGGCGAUGGCUACUUCCAGGGAGAAAAGGCCAUGAAAAAGAUCAAGCCAUCAGAAGGGAUAGAAAAUGACAAUCCAGAACUUGAAGCUGGACUUCAACAAACUCCACCAAAAGCUCCAAGACCAAGUCAUCAGGGACUUACUCCAGAACAGAAGUCCCGCAUGGAGUUCAACAAACUACAGGCAGAGAUCAAACUGCAGAGCAAGAAGACUCCAGCAAUGCAUUUCAGCAUUGGACACAGUUGGUACCAGGCUCUAAAAUCAGAAUUUCAACAGCAAUAUUUUCAACAGCUAAGUACAUUUCUAGCCAGUGAGAGGCAGAAGGCAACUAUUUAUCCCCCUGAAGGAGAAGUGUACUCAUGGACGCAGCACUGUGCCUUGAAAGAUGUCAAGGUGGUCAUUCUGGGCCAGGACCCUUACCAUGGUCCAAGGCAGGCUCAUGGCCUCUGCUUCAGUGUUCCUGUUGGUACACCCCCUCCACCAAGCUUGCUGAACAUGUACAAAGAAUUAGAGAAUGACAUCCCAGGAUUUGUGCGACCCCCACAUGGAUUCCUGCUUGGCUGGGCUAAACAGGGAGUGUUACUGCUCAAUGCCUGCCUGACCGUGCAAGCCCACCGAGCCAAUUCUCACAAGGACAAAGGCUGGGAGAAGUUUACUGAUGCUGUCAUCAGAACUGUGUCUCAGCGUAACAGAGGUGUCGUUUUUCUUUUGUGGGGAUCUUAUGCACAGAAGAAAGCAGCAGUUGUUGAUAAGAAGCAGCACCACUUGCUGAAUGCCCCUCAUCCCUCACCGCUCUCUGCCCACCGAGGCUUCUUUGGGUGUCAGCAUUUCUCAAAAUGCAACCAGCUUCUUCAAGCAGCAGGCAAGAAACCCAUUGAUUGGUCCUGUUUGCCUGAUAAACUGGAUGAAUAGAUCUUCAAGAUUACAUGAUUUUAUUUAAUUCAGGUACAAGUAACUUCAAAUAUAGGCAUGUUAUUUGUUUGUUUGGUUAUUCGUCUGUUUGUGAUAGCCAAAAAUGUUUUGAGUUUCAGCAUCCAUAAAUGUCAUUUUAGUUUGAGAUUUGAUAUCAAAUGGCUACCUCAUAAUGGGAAGACAUUUUUAUAUAUAUUAUUGUAAUCCUGUUUCCAAAUACUUAAAGUAACGCAAGAUCCAUUUAUUCUACUCUUUCUUUUUAAUUAAACAUCCCACCAGCAGAAUUUUCUGUUGAAUGUAGAUACUUUUUUAUCAUUUGCUACAGGUGCAUCCAAGGUAUAAAGAAUAUAUUUUCUUAUUUUUACAAUAUUGUGAUCAUGCAAUUUCCGUUGUCCAAAAAAUUGGAUAGCAACACCAUGAGACAUUUAUAUAAUUAUGUUGCUAGAGAAAAUUAUUUUUGGAUAGUAUUUGUAAUUUCCUAUAGUAAAAGUUAAGUGCUAAGUAAGUAAAUUUUUGUCUCACUCACUACAUACAAGAUUAUUCUCCCCA